CAAAAUAUUCAGAUCCACAUCCAUAUUUCGAACUUUGGUGCUUAUCUUAAAAAUUGUUUUGGCAAAAUUGCUACGCAACGCUCCAAUCUCCGAUUUAUGUAGCGGUUUAAUGUGGUGGCCGGCGUAAGCUUCGUUCAUCAAUUGCUGGCGGAGGCCGACACUUCAUUUUCCAAGUAGAUAAAGCGAUAUGGAGUUCGCCGGAAAGGAAGUGGUUGUCAUUUCCGGCUGUUCCGACGGAGGCAUAGGCCACUCCCUCGCCCUAGCCUUCGCCGAUCAGGGCUGUUUGGUAGUUGCAACCAGCAGGUCCCGCUCCUCAAUGGCGGACCUGGAGCACGAUCCAAGAUUUUUCUUACAAGAACUUGAUGUCCUGUCCGACAAAAGCGUUGAGCGAUUAACGUCUCUUGUCAUCGAAAAAUUCGGUCGAAUCGAUAUUUUGGUGAAUAACGCUGGCAUUCAAUGUAUUGGCCCAAUUGCCGAGGUUCCUCUUUCCGCUAUGCAGAAUGCCUUCAAUACCAAUGUUUUCGGGACUAUGAGAUUGAUUCAAGCCGUGGUUCCUCACAUGGCAUCACGAAGAAAGGGGAAGAUUGUGAAUCUGGGAAGUGUCACCGUAUUGGCACCUCUUCCAUGGGCUGGUGCUUAUACUGCAACUAAAGCUGCCCUUCAUUCCGUUUCUGACUGUCUGAGGAUGGAGCUGAAGCCCUUUGGAAUCGACGUUAUCAACGUUGUCCCUGGAGCCAUUAAAUCAAACAUUGGAAGCUCUGCCAUUGCCGGCUUUAAUCAAAUGCCUGAGUUGAAGCUAUUCAAGCCCUUUGAAGCUGCAAUGUUAGCCAGAGCCAAUGCCUCACAAGGCCCCAAGGCUACCCCUACUGCCGAGUUUGCAGAUAAGACGGUGGCUGCGGUUCUAAAAAAGAAGCCGUCGCCUUGGUUCUCUUACGGAGGCUAUUCAACCUUCAUGGCAAUUAUGUACUAUUUGCCCCUCUCACUCAAGGACUUUAUUGUGGAAGCUCUCUCUAAACGAGUUUCGGAUAGCAAAAAGUAGUGUUUUUAUCUAUGGUGAGAGAUAUGAAUUUGAUUUAGAUAGAUUUUGUAUUUGGUGUAGUAAUUUAUAAUAAAGAAUUAGAAAAUUAUAACUUAAAGAUGUGUUUGAUAGGUUUCUGGAUUGAAGGAUUGUUGAAAUAUAUAUGUUGAAAAUUUUACCCAGUA